CGCAGCAGAAGACGAGAAGUGCCAACAUGGCGUUUACGCUGUACGCACUGAUUCAAACAGCGAUCUUGUUCACAAAUGCGAUCGCUGUGUUACACGAAGAAAGGUUUCUCAGUAAAAUCGGCUGGGGAGCAGAUCAAGGCAUUGGUGGCUUUGGAGAUGAGCCUGGAAUUAAAGCGCAACUUCUAAACCUAAUCCGAUCUGUCAGGACAGUCAUGAGAGUGCCUUUGAUAAUAGUAAAUUCAGUGUGCAUCGUUUUACUGCUGUUGUUUGGAUGAAGAAAGGCUGACGUUCGGGAUGGAACAAGAGCUACUGGGCAAAAGGAAAUGGACUGUUUUUUGUACAUGCUGUAAAUGUACUUGUUGCUUUCAGGUGUCUCGCUCUUACAACAGUGGGAUUCAGUAAUUGUUUACUAGUUGUAUAUCUCCAGAUAUCAACAGAUUCCAUAAUUUUAUUUGUAUGGUGUUUCUCAGUACAACUGUUGCUUUAAAGAGAGCCCAAAUAACUUUGUACAUGAUUCCCUUUUAAUGUAUAAGAAUCUAGUAAACUGGCAUGAACACAUGCAACCAACUUUGUGUAUCACAGAACUCUUAAAAAAGAAAGCAGUGGCACCGUCUCUAGGUUUUGGUGUGAUUGUCAGCAUUUCAGUAUUUAAUAAUGCACUCCAGGCAUAUACUACAGAGUUAAAGUGAAUGGUUAAAGGAGAGUGUUUUGUUUUGGGUCCUCUAACCAAAGGGAAAGUCUGUUGAUGUUGUCAAAGGCUGUUUAAAGCUGCUCUUAGUCAUCAGUUUUGGCUGAACAGUAAGCUUUAACGUACGAUUCUGUCUAAAGACUGUUUUGAGCACAAGUAGCCUAGGUCGCUGUGAGCCGGUCAAUAUGUUUGUCAGAUUUUAAUAAAGAGAAUAUGUCUUUUCAUGUA